AUGAGCAGCGACAAUGGAAUGCAGGGACUCGGAGGAACCUUGAGCCAAAGCGCCAGUAGCAUCCCAGGUAACAUCACAGCCAGUAGCAUCCCAGGUAACAUCACAGCCAGUAGCAUCCCAGGUAACAUCACAGCCAGUAGCAUCCCAGGUAACAUCACAGCCAGUAGCAUCCCAGGUAACAUCACAGCCAGUAGCAUCCCAGGUAAAAUUACAGCCAGUAGCAUCCCAGGUAACAUCACAGCCAGUAACAUCCCAGGUAAUAUCACAGCCAGUAGCAUCCCAGGUAACAUCACAGCCAGUAGCAUCCCAGGUAACAUCACAGCCAGUAGCAUCCCAGGUAACAUCACAGCCAGUAGCAUCCCAGGUAACAUCACAGCCAGUAACAUCCCAGGUAACAUCACAGCCAGUAACAUCCCAGGUAACAUCACAGCCAGUAGCAUCCCAGGUAACAUCACAGCCAGUAGCAUCCCAGGUAACAUCACAGCCAGUAGCAUCCCAGGUAACAUCACAGCCAGUAGCAUCCCAGGUAACAUCACAGCCAGUAGCAUCCCAGGUAACAUCACAGCCAGUAGCAUCCCAGGUAACAUCACAGCCAGUAACGUCCCAGGUAACAUCACAGCCAGUAGCAUCCCAGGUAACAUCACAGCCAGUAGCAUCCCAGGUAACAUCACAGCCAGUAGCAUCCCAGGUAACAUCACAGCCAGUAGCAUCCCAGGUAACAUCACAGCCAGUAGCAUCCCAGGUAACAUCACAGCCAGUAGCAUCCCAGGUAAAAUUACAGCCAGUAGCAUCCCAGGUAACAUCACAGCCAGUAGCAUCCCAGGUAACAUCACAGCCAGUAGCAUCCCAGGUAACAUCACAGCCAGUAGCAUCCCAGGUAACAUCACAGCCAGUAGCAUCCCAGGUAACAUCACAGCCAGUAGCAUCCCAGGUAAAAUUACAGCCAGUAGCAUCCCAGGUAAAAUUACAGCCAGUAGCAUCCCAGGUAACAUCACAGCCAGUAGCAUCCCAGGUAACAUCACAGCCAGUAGCAUCCCAGGUAACAUCACAGCCAGUAGCAUCCCAGGUAACAUCACAGCCAGUAGCAUCCCAGGUAAAAUCACAGCCAGUAGCAUCCCAGGUAACAUCACAGCCAGUAGCAUCCCAGGUAACAUCACAGCCAGUAGCAUCCCAGGUAAAAUCACAGCCAGUAGCAUCCCAGGUAACAUCACAGCCAGUAGCAUCCCAGGUAACAUCACAGCCAGUAGCAUCCCAGGUAACAUCACAGCCAGUAGCAUCCCAGGUAACAUCACAGCCAGUAGCAUCCCAGGUAACAUCACAGCCAGUAGCAUCCCAGGUAACAUCACAGCCAGUAGCAUCCCAGGUAACAUCACAGCCAGUAGCAUCCCAGGUAAAAUUACAGCCAGUAGCAUCCCAGGUAACAUCACAGCCAGUAGCAUCCCAGGUAAAAUCACAGCCAGUAGCAUCCCAGGUAACAUCAUAGCCAGUAACAUCCCAGGUAACAUCACAGCCAGUAGCAUCCUAGGUAACAUCAUAGCCAGUAACAUCCCAGGUAACAUCACAGCCAGUAGCAUCCCAGGUAACAUCACAGCCAGUAACAUCCCAGGUAACAUCACAGCCAGUAGCAUCCCAGGUAACAUCACAGCCAGUAGCAUCCCAGGUAACAUCACAGCCAGUAGCAUCCCAGGUAACAUCACAGCCAGUAGCAUCCCAGGUAACAUCACAGCCAGUAGCAUCCCAGGUAAUAUCACAGCCAGUAGCAUCCCAGGUAACAUCACAGCCAGUAGCAUCCCAGGUAACAUCACAGCCAGUAGCAUCCCAGGUAACAUCACAGCCAGUAACGUCCCAGGUAACAUCACAGCCAGUAGCAUCCCAGGUAACAUCACAGCCAGUAGCAUCCCAGGUAACAUCACAGCCAGUAGCAUCCCAGGUAACAUCACAGCCAGUAGCAUCCCAGGUAACAUCACAGCCAGUAGCAUCCCAGGUAACAUCACAGCCAGUAGCAUCCCAGGUAACAUCACAGCCAGUAGCAUCCCAGGUAACAUCACAGCCAGUAGCAUCCCAGGUAAAAUCACAGCCAGUAGCAUCCCAGGUAACAUCACAGCCAGUAGCAUCCCAGGUAACAUCACAGCCAGUAGCAUCCCAGGUAAAAUCACAGCCAGUAGCAUCCCAGGUAACAUCACAGCCAGUAGCAUCCCAGGUAACAUCACAGCCAGUAGCAUCCCAGGUAACAUCACAGCCAGUAGCAUCCCAGGUAACAUCACAGCCAGUAGCAUCCCAGGUAACAUCACAGCCAGUAGCAUCCCAGGUAACAUCACAGCCAGUAGCAUCCCAGGUAACAUCACAGCCAGUAGCAUCCCAGGUAAAAUUACAGCCAGUAGCAUCCCAGGUAACAUCACAGCCAGUAGCAUCCCAGGUAAAAUCACAGCCAGUAGCAUCCCAGGUAACAUCAUAGCCAGUAACAUCCCAGGUAACAUCACAGCCAGUAGCAUCCCAGGUAACAUCAUAGCCAGUAACAUCCCAGGUAACAUCACAGCCAGUAGCAUCCCAGGUAACAUCACAGCCAGUAACAUCCCAGGUAACAUCACAGCCAGUAGCAUCCCAGGUAACAUCACAGCCAGUAGCAUCCCAGGUAACAUCACAGCCAGUAGCAUCCCAGGUAACAUCACAGCCAGUAGCAUCCCAGGUAACAUCACAGCCAGUAGCAUCCCAGGUAACAUCACAGCCAGUAGCAUCCCAGGUAACAUCACAGCCAGUAGCAUCCCAGGUAACAUCACAGCCAGUAGCAUCCCAGGUAACAUCACAGCCAGUAGCAUCCCAGGUAACAUCACAGCCAGUAGCAUCCCAGGUAAUAUCACAGCCAGUAGCAUCCCAGGUAACAUCACAGCCAGUAGCAUCCCAGGUAACAUCACAGCCAGUAGCAUCCCAGAGGCACUGUUGUCAGUGUCGAAGAGCCAUGGCGAUCAGCAAGCCCUGGCGGGAGUGCUGAACUCCAAGGAGCUGUUGGAUAUCAAGUGUCCUGUCAUAGGGAAGGACUGUGAUUCACUAGAUGUCAUCAAUGGGUAA